UCCACGAUACAAUUCCAAGUACGGCUUAUUAGGUCAAAGAUUGUAACACUUAUUAGAAGUUCUUAAAACAUUUGAAAGCGUUUUAAGCUAUAUAUUGUAACAUUUUAGAAUACUAAAAAAAACGAUGGAUUUUAACUCUAUUUGAGUUGAUAUCUAUCAACAUAAAGUUUGAAGAAAAUUUUCAUCCGGUCAAUGUAGAAUUAUUAAAAAUGUCUGAAUCAAAGCUGGACAUGACAGGUGACGAUGACAUGGCCACCAGAGUAUUCUGGGAAAUACUGUCUCCCCUGGGCUACAUACCCCAACCAAUUAAGGACGCCCUCAAAACUACUGGAUUCGACAAUCUUCUAUCGCUAUCUGCCAUGCGUGAAUCCGACCUGGAUGAAAUUACUGCCCAACACAAACUACCGAUGGGUCACCGGCGGCUGAUUCGGGUCCUCUCGGAACGAAUCAACCAGCUAGGGCUGGAAGAUCUCACAGCCAAAUUGCUAAGAAAACUAGACCGCCAAGCCACCACCCUUGUGAGAGUGUCCAAACCCACACCGCCAAAUCCCACCAGUACCGAUUCACGGGAUGAUGCGUCUCCACCAGCUCGUCCGGUCCCAUCGGGAGAGGCAUUAGUCGAAAUCUAUCGAACCAAACUCCAGCAAAACAUCCUAUCCUGGCUAACAUCCCACGGUGAAGCUGGUACGAAAGAAGUCGAGCUACAGGACAUCAACAUCAACGUAUCCAUGCAGGACGGAAAACUUCAGGGUUCGGUCAUCUGUCCCUUCUGUCGAAUGGAAAUCAAAAUCUACAUUCGAGCACCGGAUGCCGACAGCAGCGGGGCCAUAGCCAAUUCUAACUACAUCAAACACUAUAAUCGGAUGCACCGGAAAAUACCACUUCCGUCGAAGUCAUCGCCCUCGACCUGCGGCAGUAGCAGUAAUUGGCCAUCCACGUUUACGAUUGGAACCUCACCACCACUGACUCUGGAACAACACCACCAAGCUCUCGCUCAGCUGCAUGCCGAACAACAGGCCGCGGCAGCAUUUGCGGUAGCAACUGCUGCCGCCAAUAGUUCCGGCGGAGGGGCUGGAGGUCCUAGUGGGCCGACCGCUGCCCAGCUGGCUGCUAAUCCGGCAGCCGUUUACGAAUUACUUUUCAAACAGGAAUCAAACAGUUGGGACGACUAGUAGUGCAGUAACCAAUGUGUGCUGUGUAUCGAGUGUGCAUGAAGUAGGCAAACCUAGCUAUCGUGAAGUUAUCGGCAUUUAUACGUAGUUGUUUUUUAUAGAAACUUGUAUACUACAGAGAGAAUAUUUCCGUUUCCAUCCAUACUUAUCUUAAAAACUUGUGAUUUAAUUUUUAGGAAUGAUUGUGAACGUACUUUAUCGAUUAGAUUUGCAAAAAUGUUUACCCUGACGUAUAGUAAAUAAAUAGUAUUCUUCAAACCUAAACUUUACGGGUUUAUUUUGC